GCAACAUUUUCGCUCUGCCCUGCCCGUGUGCUGUCUGCUCGGAGGGAGGAUGGUGCUUGGUCUGUGGAGCGCGGGUCGCGAGUACGCCGUCCAGGACCUGGUCAUCUUUGCUCUGACGGCAGUAGUUGGACUUGUAGUUAUUCUCGUCUUCUUCUGGUUCUGGGGCGGCGACUCUGGUCGGUCGGCUAAAGUCAAGGCAGGGGAAGCCAAGCAACCUGCCAGGUGGAACCAACCUCCAGCAGACGAACAACUGGGUGAUCUGGGGGAGCUGCAGAAGGCAGGGAGUCUCCACGAGUACCUCCUGGAGCUCCAUGACCACGGUCGCUGUCCUGUCUCCUCGUUCUGGUGGGGGAAGGAACAGGUCGUCAGUGUCUGCAGUCCGCAGGCUUUCAAAGACACCGUCAAGUUGACUGACAGGGCAGUCCAGCUCCAGAUAGCCUUUGCACCACUGAUUGGGCUGGAGAGUAUCCAGUACUCCAAGGGAGAGGACUGGGAGGGUCGGAGACGAUGUCUCUAUCCUGUCUUCAAGGGAGAGACUCUCGAGUCGUACUUUCCACACUUUGUCCAUAUCGCUCAGGAGGUGGAGAAGGAGUGGUCGUCUCUGGAGUCAGGGGAGAGGGUACCCCUACUGAAGACCGCCUUCUCCAUGACCAUCAAGGGAAUCACCAGGUGCAUCUUUGACGAUUCUUUUGAGGACAAGCUACUGGUGGAGAAGGUGUCCACUGCCUACAAGAGCGCCUGGGGAGAAAUGGAGACUCGUAUCAAGGAAGGGUCCAGUCCCCCAGAGGGGAGCGACAGAGAUGUGGAGUUUCAGAAGAACAGAGGCUAUCUGAGAGAUGUUGUCAAGGGAGUCAUCAGUCGUCGCCGGGAGGGGCUGGGCGGAGAACACGUCCCCUUCAUUGACAACCUCCUGCAAUCUGGAGUCCCUGACGAUCAGGUUGUGAGCGAUGCGAUUGCGUUUAUGAUUGGAGGGUUUCACACGAGUGGCAACUUCAUCGUGUGGAUGAUGUGGUACCUGGCCACCCAUCCAGAGGUUCAGGAACAACUGAGGGAGGAACUGGAGAGAGAGACAGGUGGAGAGAGGGGCGAUCGUCUCAGGAAAUAUGCCUCAGCCGUCUCAACCAAUUACACCACCUACUUCCGCCAGGUGCAAGAUGAGACUCUAAGACUCAGCACGCUGGCACCCUGGGCUGUCCGAGAGUCACCUGAUGACAUCAUUAUUGACGGUCACCUCGUUCCAGGGGGGACCCCCAUCAUCCAGGCCCUGGGUGUGGGUCUUCGUAACACCACCACUUGGAAGGAGGGAGAACUGGAGGAGUUCAACCCGGACAGAUUUGCGGUCCACGCGGAGCAGCCAGAAGAGGUCUGGAGUUCUGUCCAUUUGGGACUCCCAGUCGCCGCAAGUGCCCUGGCUACAUCUUCUCCCACUUUGAGACCACUGUCAUCCUUGCCGUUCUCCUGUUCCGGUUCCAGCUGGUCGCCGUUCCAGACCAGGUGGUGGAACGGGAUCACGGACUGGUGACCAUGCCAGCUAAAGAGCUCUACGUCUUGGUCAAGGAGCGUUGAUUGUAGUAAUGUACUGGUGACAAGCAAUCCUUAGGUUUAGCUAUAUAUAACUACAGCCAAGUGUAGAUUGUAUAUACCCACUUUUUGCAAUAGCUGUGAUUAGCCUGCCUUGCAUAGGAGGUGCCCCGAACUUUGUUGCUAAAAAAGACUGUCAGUUGCUAAAAUUUCUGUAAUAGUUGCUGCACAUUGAUCAUGAUCCAUUAUAGUUGCUGCACAUUAAAAUUUGGAGAUGCACUCUGAUCUAUUAAAAAUCUGCUGGAGGGAGUGAUGUGAUGCUGUCUGAAGUCAGCCAGGGGGACAGUCAUUCACUAAACUGCCACUCCUGGCGACACAUUGGGCACUGCUGCUGCAUCUGCUGAGCCUCCAGCCACUUCUGUAUGCAGUGGAGGUGGAAACUGUGCCUGCACUGCCCCGACACGAGCGCGCAGUCGUCUCCGGGGAACUUGCAGUCGGGACAGCAGCCCUCGAACGGCAGUCUGCAGAUGCCGCAUUCCGUCUCGUCGUUGGGAGUGAUCCAUUUCCACACGGCCACCGCCCACCACUUCUUGAACUUCACUCUAAACUGGGGAGGAGAGGAGGCCGAGGAAGUUGACUCCGUCGCGGGGUCUGGGGUGGCCAUGCUGCAAUCUCCGUAAUCUGUCGUGGCGUUUUCCGGAUUCUGUGGAAGGAGAGGCUGCGUGCGCAUGCUCAGAAGUGUGUACGUGCAGAGCAAAGCUUUGUCGAAGAACAGUGAAGUCACAAGGAGCGUUGAGCGUGUUAACUUUGGUCAUCUAGUAGUGCAGCUACAUAGAAGAGUCCAGGUUGCUGUAAACCCAAGACAGUUGCUGAUCUCACCGCAGUACGUCCGUGAGACUGUGUUAGCGAUGCAUCGUCCACUUCGCAGCACCGACGACAGGUAUAAAGAGAAAGGAGAGAUGUUGAGACAAAGUGGUGGGUUGGUGAAGGAAGAUGUGGAGAGAGGAGGGAGCGUGGAGGGAGGUGUGGUGGGGGAGGAGGGAAGGAGGGAGAUAGGGGACUCAGUGAGAGACUCCCAGGCCUCAGCUCCCAGCGAGUUUGACAUCAGCUCAACUGAAGUGGAACAGGCUCUAAGAACUCAAGAGUUUGAUCUGAGUGGUAGUGGUGAGGAGGGAGUUGUCUCGUUGGGUGACCAUCACUUCAAUGGCCCCGAACACACUGACACCAGAUUGUUACCAGAACCAUCAGAGUGGUGGACCGACCAACCUGACAAACCAGUUAGUAUCCGGUAUGACACGUCUCCGGCGACGUCUGAAGUCCCUGAGACGGUGUUGCAGCUGUUCCAACGAACGGUUGCCAGCCAUGGGGACCACUAUGCCACUGGAGUGAAGAGACAGGGGGAAUGGAGGAUGGCCACUUACCAGCAGUACUUUGAACAGUGCUGUACUGCUGCCAAGGCCUUUAUUGAGCUUGGUGUGGAUCCGUUCCACGGGUCUGUAUCUGGGAUUCAAUGCUCCAGAGUGGCACAUCUCCUGUCUGGGGUCCAUUCUGGCAUGUGGAGUAUCGGUGGGGUUGUAUCUGACCAGCAGUGCCGAGACGUGCUCCACCAUAGCCUCCGACUGCAAGGCUCAGGUCAUUAUUGUCGAAAACGACUCACAGCUGCAGAAGAUCCUGGAGGUCAGAAGCAAGCUGCCUCAUCUGAAGGCCAUAGUUCAAUACUCUAAGAGACUGACAGACUGUAAGGCGGAUGGUGUUUCCAUAUUUGAGUGGAGACACUUUCUGCAGCUGGGGAGAGGAGUGAGUGAAGAGGUGCUGAAGAAGAGGACGGACAUGUUGGCUCCCAACAAAUGCUGCUCCAUCAUCUACACUUCUGGAACCACUGGCAAACCCAAAGGAGUUAUGUUGAGUCACGACAACUUAACCUGGAUGUGCCACAGGAUCCUAGAGGAGAGCACGUUCAACACGGGAUCAGAGCACAUCAUUUCCUACCUCCCCCUCAGCCACAUCGCCACGCAACUCGUCGACGUCUUCACAAUCAUGGCCUGCGCAGGCACCUGCUGGUUUGCCCAGCCCGAUGCCUUCAAAGGGUCCCUGCUGCAGACAAUGAAGGAAAUUAGACCCACCAUCUUUUUCGGGGUGCCCAGG